CUUCUGUUGCCUGCGCUGACUUCGUUCCCUUCAAGAACAGCUUCAGAUCUCUGCAACCGCGAAUUUCUCGACCAAUUUUAUCCUGACAGGAUGUAUUCGUGCAAGCAUUGAUACGGAUUCCACCGGCGAUUUCCCAUUAAUGGCUACAAAAGGUCAACCGCCACCUCCGCCUCCCAAAAAGAGAACCCUGGCGGCUCUUGUGGGAGGCAGGCAAACCCCCAGCGCCGCAGUGUCAGCGACUCCGCAUCUGGAUCAUAGGCCUACAAAACAAUACAAUGCCAAGACCAGUCCACCUACCACCAAAGAUGGUGAAGAUGCAUCUCCGACACCGUGGAUUGAUGAAGACCCAUAUUCAGGUUCAGACUCUUCGUCAUCCCAUUAUUCAUAUGAUGCCUGGGAACAGGAGCUCAUCCCGGCGAGAAGGUUGGAUGAAGCUGCGCCCAAAUCCGAGGUAUUAACUGGUGUGGGUAUCAUCACCAGGGGCAAAGAGGGCAUCUCAGCCGUAACCGACGAGGCAUUUUGGAAUCAAUCACCCACAACAUCAGCACCCAAAUUUGCUUUACUUGUCUAUUGGGACCUCCGACGUGAAGCUUUGCAGACGUUGACUGUACAAAGCCAAUUCUUGGUGUCAGUUAUUAUGAAAGUCCUACCUCGCACCGACUUUAUGGGUGUAAGAAAACAACAUGCGUCUCUAUCGAUCGAUCAGCCUUUCAGUGCACUAUAUUGGUUCUAUGAUGAGAUUAUCGAUGCUGCACGUCAACCAGGUAUCUCAAAGAAGGAAGAUACUGGGGAUCUGGAGAUCCUGCGCCGCUGGUAUCAAACCAAUCUUUUGUCCGAGCAUGUCGGCAUUCGAAACACUAUCGACUCUGGCUAUGUGACCUUUGACUUCUUGUGGGCACUUUUUCGGCCGAAUGACACUGCUUACACUCUGGAUGACUUCCAGCAGCCACGGAUCAGACUCGUUCAAUCUACGAGUUAUGAUCCAGACAAUGUCCGAGCUAGGAAUUAUGUCAGUGCUCCCGCAUACAAUCGCAUAGCUCCACGGUUUCGAAUUAUCUUGCUGCAUCAAGACUGGGAUGCAUCGCUUCAAGUAUUCAAGAUCAUGGCGGAGGACAUAUUCAUCUCCUUUUUCACUGGUUCUCGCCGUAUCACGGAUCUUUUGGUCUAUCCGUUACGGUACUACCAUGCAGACAGGCAGGACCUCCUCAAUAGCUUGGAGGCACGCGGCCGACGUUGGAAGUCCCUUGUUACUCAGCCGUCGUAUAAGGUUCACAAGGGCCCGGCAAUCCAGUUGGAUGGAAACAUCAGUGCGACUCGAAAACACCUUGAUGAGCGGCUGAUCAUCGACCACUCUGGAUAUUCUCUAUACCGAUCGCUUCCAGAUUCUAACAUGAAUAACGGUCCUCCAGGUGGCUUGAGACCGCCGCCCCCUGUGAUUAUCAACCCCACGAUGCCUGCAAUAAAUAUAGAAGGAAUUGAGGGUUUGCGGGAUGAGCAAGGCCCUUUGGAGGAGUUCUCGGCCCUUCAGGCCCAGCUAUGUCCGACUACUGUCAGAGCAUGUUCACCUCUUACAAUGAGGUGGUAUACUGUCAACAUAGGCAACUUAACGGAUAUGGUUUGGGCGAAGGAUUCUGCGAAGGCUCUUGUGAUGGCAGAUCCUAAUAUUAAGGACACACUUGUGAAGUUGAUCAAAGCUCAUAGGAGCGCGAGUGAGGGCAGUACGCCUAGCGACGUGAUUGAGGGCAAGGGUCAGGGUCUAAUCAUUGUGCUACACGGCCCGCCGGGUGUUGGCAAGACCCUAACAGCUGAGAGUAUGGCAGAGGUUUCUGAAAGACCACUUGUGACGGUCGACGUUGGCCAACUUGCAUUCGAGCGCUCGAUCGACAGUCAUCUAAGACAGAUCUUUGAACAAGCUGUCCGCUGGAAUGCCGUGCUACUUCUCGACGAAGCGGAUGUUGUACUCGAAAAGCGAUCAUGGGAGAACCAUGCACGUAAUGCGAUUGUAUCCGUCUUCUUGAGGAUGCUGGAGUACUACCGUGGGAUUGUUUUCCUCACUACGAAUCGUCUUGGAACUAUAGACACUGCCUUCCAGUCGAGAGUCUCGCUCGGGAUAAAGUACGGGCCUCUACUCAUAGAACAGCGCGAGCAGAUCUGGCGGAACCUGCUUGAAAGGUUAGGGCCAUCUGAGAUAGAUGCAAGGCAGGAGAUCACAGCCCAUUUGGAUGACAUGAAAAUGUGGGAAUUGAACGGACGCCAGAUUCGGAACAUAUUGCGGAUGGCUCAAUCCAUCGCUUUCACAGAACAAGGUGUCCAAGGGACUAUGCGCUUCAGACAUAUAGAGAGAAUGGUAGCGCAGACGCUGAACUUUGAGGAGUAUUUUGAAGAGGGACGAAAGGAAGCACGGUCGCAGUUAAGGGGUGUGGAUAAAGCAUUCCGCGAAAGCCGGGUCACACAGGGUCAGUUGGGUCCGAACGUCAAGGUCCCAAGCAGCUAUGGACAUCUUCUUGGCUAGCACAAGAGCAAGCUAGCUCAACCAGGAUCGGAAAUGUGACUAAAGGAGUCAGGCAUGACAACAAAUCUAUAAGAAAGAACGUCGGAAUGGAACUUAAAAGUAUUUGUGCG